UUUGCAUUGUACUUUACUUUCAUCAUAAUUUCUCAGAUAUUCCUGAUAUUUCUUCUAUCUAUAAUUUAGAGAUUUUAUCUUUUUGCUCGUUUGGGAUCAUAGAUGUGUAUCAAGACACUGAUCAGAGUUUCAUAGAGAGAAACACCUAACUAGAGAGGAUGUAUGUCGCUUCUGAAACUACGGCCCUUUUUGUGCAGAUUCCGUCUGUAUCCUCUGCUUCACCGACCAUGGAGAAGGAGAAAUCAGACAAGUCUGAGAUGUUCCAGGGUAAUGCGGAAAACAAACCGGCUUGGAACAGGUUCUCUAAUGGAGGUUCUCAGAUCAAGCCACUCGUGGUAGCUUCGUCAUCGUGGCCAUUGCUUUCCGAGGCGAAGAAAUCAGCUCCUUGUUCGAACAAAUCAUCCUCUGAUGCUUUGAAAAGUCUUUGCCACGAUGGAUCAUCAUCAUCUGUCUCUUUGUUCUCCAAGCAGACGUCUGGACCUUCUGUAACCACGGCCCUAACAGUGUCGAUUAUGUCUGUAUCCUCUGCUUCGUCUAUGAAGAUCAUGGAGAAGGAGAAAUCAGAACCCUCUGAGAUGUUCGAGGGUAAUGCGGGAAACAAACCGGCUAAGAACAAGCAAAUCAUGGAAGCUUUGUCGUGGCCAUCACUUACCGAGACAGGGAAAACAGCUCCUUGUUCGAACAAGUCUUCCACUGAUACGUUAAAAAGUCUUGGCUGUGACGGAUCAUCCUCAUCAUCUACCUCUUUUUUCUUUCAGCCAAGUAGCUUUCUUGCUGAAACAGAACGAAUGCUCCAAGAAUCCAUUGAACAGGCUAUUGCACUUACCCGAGACACGGUUGUGCAACCCUCAGGAGAAAGUUCAUAUGGUAAUCCUUUACCAUACACUUCUCCUAGAGGUCAUAACCAAGGAAACGAGUUUGCAUCAGGGUCCCAUGUCAGUACCGAAACCCAACAUCAACAGAACUCAUACAAGAACCAAAAUGUUAGCCAUCAAAGUCAUGGAGGCAGACAGAAGCAAGAACAUGUGAAACAGAACUGGAAUCGUCAAGGAAACUUUAAUGAGCUAGGCGGAUUCCCACCUCCACCAAGUGGAGGCACAUCACCAGCAUUUGUAAGGCCAGCUCAGCAUUUUCCGGUUCAGCAUUAUUUUUAUCCUAUGGCGUUUACUAACUUUCCACCACCGAUGAUGUAUCAUCCACAUCGUAUGUCCUUCAUCGACCCUCUUCCUGUCUUGUUUCCUUCUCAAUUUCCUGACCGCAGGCCCUCCAUCGAGCCUCCUCCUGCCUUGGUCCCAUCUCAGAAAGCUCCCUUCAAAACCAAGAUACUCAAUAAAGUUCAAGAAGCUCCCCUUAAAACCAAGAUACUGAAUCAAGAUAAAGAAGCUCCCCUUAAAACCAAGAUACUCAAUCAAGUUCAAUAUUAUUUGAGCGAGGAUAAUUUACCAAACGAUGUUUACCUUCGUCAGCGCAUGAAUGAUGAGGGCUUCGUUCAUAUAGAGUUUAUCGCUGGUUUCAAUAAGCUUAAAGCACUAACAAGUAAUGUCCAGCUUAUAUUGGAUUCUUUACGAGAUUCAGAUAUCGUUGAAGUGCAGGGCUAUGAAAUAAGAAACCGGCGUGUCUGGAGAAAAUACGUAAUGUCUCACGAGUGGCGGGUUACCUUUUAUCCGAGCCAAGAAUAUGUAAUGGCUAACAACUAUCAAAACAUGCAGCUCGAGCAGAACUAGAAGAAAUGGGAUCAAAUUAAAGCAACAAGAAAAAGGCUGAUAAUAAUCACAACUCAGUUGGUUGUAUACUUCAGAUCUAAGUUGAACGAGGAUUGUUGGAUUUAUGUUAAGCUACCAUAACAUUUUGUCAAACCAAAACAAAUAUUAAAAACUGAGAAAGCUAUAUUAUUAAAAAUGCUAAAAAGAGUAA